AUGGGGGCGGUGAAAAGCAAACCGGUGCGUGAGGCUCCUGUUCGCUAUGUUGCAAAACAACUUCCCCGUGUUGACAAGGUACCUGUUGAGCAACAAUUUAAAAAACCCGAGUUUACGGCUCGUGGUAUCAACAAGCGCCUUGAUGAUGUGAACACUGAACCUCUCAUGUAUGUAGAGACAUCAAAAGAUGCAAGCAGCACAGAACUAACGGACCACACCGCCCCACGAUGGUAUCUCAACACAUACAUGGAAAUGGUGGAUAAUCAGCGUACUGAUCAAGUUAUCAUUAGCGGUAACCUCCCACUUUCAUGGGAGCGUGAUAAAUUUGAGCCAUACGCAUUGGUGCGUGGACGUAUUGAUGAUGAAGAUUUAAAAUGGGUGCUUGCUCCCGAGCAGCGCGCUAAAGGUUUGGAUGAAAUCCUUUCUUCUACAAAGUUAGAGAGAAGUGUAUUACAAGAUAUAUUGGAUACAGUGGAACUUCCCCGCACGCAAUAUCGUAACUACAAGGGGAAAUUACAUAAAUCUAUUGAAGAUGCAAAUACACACCUUGCUGCUCGAAAAGAACAAAUUGAAAAAGCCCGUGAAUCAGAGAUCUUGCGACAGAUUGGAUAUAGUGAAGAAGAGGUAAUGCAGGAAGAGCAAUACCUUACCAAUAGACCUCGUGGUGUAAAAACGUUAGAUGAUUUGGGUGCUAGUUUGCGAGAAAAAAAACGGAGACAACGUGCUGCUGAGACAAAUGAAAUGGAAGAUUUAUUGGAAGAACGUCGAACACAGCAACUAGAAUCUGGUGAAAUGACCUUUACAGAGUCAGAACUUCUUGAAAAACCAGAGGAAUUAUCUAUUAAACCGAAACCUUAUGGAACAAGGAAACAAGUGUAUAAACGUAUUUACGCUGCUGAUUUUGGUAAGGAUGAAGUAAAUCAGGUAAAAUUUCAGUGGUGGCUUGAUCGAACACGACGUAUUAAACGUGCUGUAGAUACUAUUCAUGGUGUUCCCGUGUAUAAUGAGAGAUUAUCAGCAAAUGAGGAACAAACACGAAAACAGAUGCGAGAAGCAGCUGAAUUUAAUUUCUCUCUUGCUCAAGCCCAAGGGGCAAAGGGAUUUACAGAUCCACGUGGACAUUACGAUGACUUUAUUUCGAUUCUUCGUCAGAAUAAGGAUCUUAAUGAUGAUAGUCGUGUUGAAGUACAUGAGGAUGAUGUUCUGGAAAAUGAUGUAUUUCGUUUUCCUCAUACAAAAAAUCAUGGUCCUAAACCGUCUCCUAAACGGUUUGAAGACAAAGGGGAAGUACCUGAAAAGGUUUGUACAGAUUUACACAAACUGUAUGAUGAGGAAGAGGCUACACAGGCCUUUCAGCAGGGUGUAAAGGCGGCAAAGGAAGUAUAUAAACAACACGCCAUGAAAAACCGAGAAAAAGAAACUGCAGAGAAACCUAUUGAGGGAGACACUCCACCACCAAGAGACCCUCACUCAGAAAACUGA